AUGUGGCGCGCCGCGGCAUGCGGUCGCGUGGGGGCUCGCGAGCUUCUCGUGGCGCCCCGCCACUACUCCUCAUCAUCGCAUAAUCAAGAACGCUUGUCUAGCACCUCUGCGCUCGACCAUAAGCUGUCCCAUCGGCAUGGUAAGCUGCCGCCCCUGCCUGCGAUGGAUCGGCCCAUUAUGGAGGCUGGCUAUGCGGUGAGUAACAUUUUAUACAAUACGCCACCGCCAAGCACACAGCCUUUUCGUCGUCACAUCCUAAACAUGUUCGUGCAGGAUGAACCGGGUGUGCUGGCCCGUGUGUCAGGCUGCUUGGCUGCACGUGGAGUCAACAUUGACUCGCUCGUUGUUUGCGCCACAGACGUGCCUGACCUUUCCCGUAUGUGCAUUGUUCUCCGUGGGCAGAAGGGCACGAUCGAGCAAGUACGUCGCCAGCUGGAAGAUCUCGUACCCGUGUGGGCGGUGGUUGACUACUCGGAGACUAAGGUGAUUGAACGCGAAAUUAUGCUCGUGAAAGUGUCUACCCUGGGCCCGGAGUAUUUUGAGGCGGAAAACCUGAGUAUGAGCAAUAAUGCAGAACAAGAAGUGGAUUAUGCCGUUGCUGAGGCUGAGGGCAAAGCCCCGGUGCCCAAACCGAACUUGACGGCCACAGAAGCAUUGACCUUGAAGAAUGAGAACUUCCGCUCCAUCAAGUCUCUUGCGGAGCAGUUUGAUGGGCGCAUUGUGGAUGUCAGUGACUCGUGUGUGAUUGUGCAGCUGUGUGCUAAAUCGUCACGGCUCGAUUCGUUCUUUAAGCUGAUCCGCCCUUUCGGCAUUCUCGAGUUGUCCCGCUCGGGGACAAUGGUGCUUCCACGCACGCCUAUCAAGUCUGAAUGGAAGAGCUUAUCUGACCGGGAGGAGAUCGAAACGCAGGUCGCAAGUAUGGAUGCCUCCCUCCUUCCCCCCGGAUAG